AUGUACCAUUACCUUGUCGAACGACGACGCGAGGCCGUCAACACUUGUGUGCAGUUAUUGAGGGAGCAUAGUAGGGAUAUGGCGCUGGAUUCGCGCUUCUUUCGACACAUCGGCCAGAGCUCGGGGCCUGGCUCAAUCUCAUCCGCCACCUCGUCCGAAUCAUCCGCCCUGACCGGAAUCACGUCGCCCAGUGUGAUCUCCACGUCCGCAUCAGCCGCCACCAUGCGAUCCACCGCAUCCAGCCCAUCCCUUCGCGCCCGAGAAAGUAUUGCGGUAUUACCCGGUCGCCAGGACGGAACCGCCAGCCCAUCACCAGGCGGUAACGUGCGCGUGGUGGUACGCGUUCGGAAGUUCCUCCCCAGAGAGAUCGAACGUCAGGCAGCAUGUCUCAUCGCGAUGGACCCGCACACUCAGGCGACCAAUUUGAGAGCUCCGAAACCGAGCCCAGGCGAUCGCGGGAAGCCGAAAUCACAGGCACGCGGCAAGAUCCUCGAAGACAAGUCGUUUACAUUCGAUAACUCGUUUUGGUCGCAUGACGAGGAGGACGACCACUACGCCCACCAGGAGGACGUGUACAAUGCUCUGGGCGAGGAAUUCCUGGAUCACAACUUCGAGGGAUAUCAUACCUGUAUAUUCGCUUACGGCCAGACAGGCUCGGGAAAGAGUUACACGAUGAUGGGCACCCAUGAACAGCCAGGGCUCAUUCCUCGUACCUGUGAAGACCUGUUUCAACGCAUUGAGGACUCUCCAUCACCUGAUAUCAGCUACAACGUUCGAGUAUCCUAUUUUGAAGUUUACAACGAACACGUUCGCGAUCUAUUGGUCCCACGGACCGAUCCGCCGCAUUAUCUUCGCAUCCGAGAAUCUCCUUCAGAAGGACCAUAUGUCAAGGAUUUAACCGAGCUUACGGUGAGGAACUACACCGAGCUGAUGAAGUACAUGCGAAAGGGCGAUGUAUCGCGCACCACGGCGAGCACUAAGAUGAAUGAUACUUCCUCUCGAUCUCAUGCCGUUUUCACAAUUACACUCAAGCAGAUUCAUCAUGAUCUUUCCACAGACGAGACGACUGAACGCACUGCCCGCAUCCGAUUAGUUGAUCUGGCAGGCUCUGAGCGCGCCAAGUCUACGGAGGCAACAGGUGCCCGGCUGCGCGAGGGGUCAAAUAUCAACAAGUCCCUAACGACUCUUGGUCGCGUCAUUGCUGCUUUAGCAGAUCCCAAGAAAAUUCGCGGAGGAAGGAAAGGCAAGGAACUAGUGCCAUACCGUGAUUCUAUCCUGACAUGGCUCUUGAAAGACAGUCUUGGAGGCAAUUCCAAGACGGCCAUGAUUGCUUGUAUCUCCCCAGCCGACUAUGAAGAAACUCUGUCAACAUUGCGCUACGCCGACCAGGCCAAGCACAUUCGCACUCGGGCACGUGUCAACCAAGAUCAUGUGUCUGCUGCCGAGCGUGACCAACAGAUCGCCGAGAUGGCGGAGACAAUUCGAACACUGCAACUGAGCGUGAGCCAGGCGACAGCUCACCAGCGCGCAAGCGAGCUACAAGACGAGAAGUUGGACGAAUAUCAACAAAAGGUAGAGAAGAUGCAACGGUUGAUGGAGGAGACCAAGAUGGUUAGCGAGUGCAAGAUCCGUCAAUUACAGACAGAGAACGAGGCUCUGCGAAUGCACUUGAAACUGGCCCUCGAGAGUCUCAAGAAUCCUAUCCCCGCUGUCACCAUCGCACAGCGCCAGCCAAGUUUGACCUCUUUAGCGGAAGAAGAGCAAUCGCAGCCCUGCACCCAAGAAAAUCGCGAUAGCUCUCCUGUUGAUCCCUCUGACUCCGAAACCGAACCCGAUCUCUGGGAAGAUGAUGAUGACGAUGAUACAAUAACACCGGACGAGAAUGACCAGGAAGCAUAUCAGAUGCAGGCUCGCAUGCAGGAUCUCCUCGGUGACCUCAGUGUAUUCAAACGCAAAUUGGCAACUGAUCAUGAGCGUUGGCGUCCCAAUGAACAGAUCCCAAGCCGGAAACGGCGUGCCUUGGGCUCAAUUGUUGGCAAUACUCGUUAG